AUGGGUGACAAAACGCCAUCACCGGAGAGUGAGGAAUUUCCCGGCAGAUUGCUGCAUCAGGCCGCCCUCUGGGACAACGUCGAGCUGCUGGAGGAUCUGCUGCAGGAGGAGGUCCACCUGAUCGACUGUCUCGACUCGUGGGGCCGUGCACCGAUCCAUGCCGCCGCAAUAACGACCGAUUCCCGGUGUCUACCGAUGCUGAUCAAUGCUGGGGCCAACAUUAACGCUACUUCCGGUGCCCGGUGUGACCAUAAGACUGCGCUUCACUUCAGUGCCGAACACGGCCAUGAAAGCAAUAUCCGGGUGCUGCUCGAUGCCGGAGCCUCGUUCGUUGCGAAAGACCGGAACGGACUGACGGCACUCGAUCUGGCCGAACGGAGUGGCCACGAGGCUUGCGUACAGCUGCUCAAGGAUGCGGCCGACACCCGCGAGCAGAUCCGCAGCCAAAAGCAUCGGACACUCCGAGAAGCGGUCACGGCCACGGAUGAGGCCGCCGUCCAGUUGCUGCUGGAGAGCGUCGGUUCCGAUCGAGAAAUCAUCGUCAAUAUGGCGCCCGGUGGUGCAAACACCCUGCUAUUCGUCGCAUCCCAGGCAGGAUCGGAACGGAUCGUCCAGCAGCUACUAGAUGCGGGUGCAGAUGGACGGGCACAUGCCGUCACCCGCUAUUCACCCCUCUACACGGCAGUUCACAAUGGCCACACGAAAGUGGCCGUCAUGUUGCUAGAGCGGUUCCCGGAGCUCGUACAACAGGUGACCGUUGAGCGAUGGCUACCGUUCCAUGCCGCUUGUAUUAAUGGUCAUUGUGGGGUGGUGGAACUGCUGCUUCAACACCCGUACGUUGAAGAUCUACUCGCGACGUACCGUGAUCCAACCGGGGAGCUUGAAUGGCGGUUCGCGUUUGAUCCAAACGCACAGGAUGUGGCUGGUCAAACCGCACUGUACGUCGGGUGUCUACUCGGCAACCCACAGCUUGUCGAGAUGCUGCUCAAGUGGAAGGUGAAGUGUGUGAGGCGUACGGUAGAUGCCCCAACUACUGCUGGUGGUGGAGUGGCACCUACCGUACCUCCAGAUGAACCGGAAUCUGGCCCUAACGGAGGCAAUCCACUUAGUCCGACAAGCCGGAAGAUCUCAUUCGGCAUUCAGUCGAUAAUGUCGCGGCUUAGCUUGAGUGGUCGAUCCGAUCCGGCAGAGGACACCGAAGGGCAACAGUGUGAGAUGCGCUGCCCGCUCGAUCUAGACAUCCUUUGUGGGGCAGCUCGCGAGACAGCACUGCUGGCCGCUGUUCGUGGUGGCUUCCUGGAUGUGGUUAUGAUACUCCUAGAACACGGUGCCGAUCCGAACGUAAUCGCACGCGCUGUUGAAGAUCAAAACGAUCCCAAGUCGUCGGAUGAAAUUUACGGCUUCUCGAACGUACCGCUUGCGGAAGCAACACGCCAAAAGUCACUCCCGAUGGUGGAACUUCUCCUAAAGCAUGGUGCUCGCGAUGACCAAUCGAUAGCACUCGGUAUUGCCGUGCAGAACGCGGACGAACCCAUCAUCUGCCGGUUGCUCUCGAUAAAAGCCCACCCGGAUCCAGAUUACAAGAUCAACAAGCGCGCCUUCUCGUCGCAGGAACCAUCCGCGGCCGAGUACGGUGCACCGCAGCUUGCCCACACCAAAAUGGGCUGCAAUUUCACGUACAGCUCGCUUUUCCCCAGCACGGCUACGAUGAUCAACUGGCACAGCAAUAACUGCCGGCUGGCAUUGAUCCGCAUGGCGUGGCUCAGUGAGGCCGUGCUGCAGUGCAACCGGAAGCUGCGAGCGCACCCAAAAUGUCACCAACUCGCGCUGGCCGCGCUCACGCGGAUCGACAUAUCGCACAACACGCUAACGUCACUACCGGCGGAAUUGUUCACGCUCGGGAGUUUGCGCUACUUGAACGCGGCUCAGAAUAAGAUCGAACGGUUACCGCUGCCGGAUGAGGAAACCGAACGGUGCGGGGGACGACGGCGGGGUUCGGCCAAACCCGCGGAAUAUCAGUGUCCGGUGCUGGAGGAGCUGUACCUGCAGGAUAACCGGCUCGAUUGUGCACCGGCGGUGUUGUUUCGCCUGCCAAAUCUCGCCAUUUUGGACGUCUCGAAUAACAAACUGCAGGAGCUACCGUUCGAGAUGUGGAAGGCACCGAAAUUGAAGGAACUGAACGUGGCGUUUAACUUCCUAAAGGAUCUGCCCUCCUUGCCGCUGGUGGAACCGUGCGCUGGGGGUGUAGAUGGACGGGUCGAGUUACCAUCACCCGUAACCGUGGCCGCAGAUAGUUCGGGGCUUGGUGGAACCUGUGGUGGCGUGGCAUCGAAUGCCAUCUUUCAUCUCUACACGGGAACGAGCGCUUCGUUCGACGAUGGCACGGAAGCACUCGCGCGGAACCGUCACGUGACGAACCUCGAGCUAGUUAAACACCACAUCUGGGCGCGAUCGCUGGAAGUUACCGAGCAGGAGCUGCGGUUAGCGGAUUCCCGCCACGACAGUGCGCUUUCCCAGCUGAGCAGCUUGAACCUGGCCAACAACCUGUUCACGAGCAUCCCGCUGGCGUUGCCGUGUCUCGCGGUUAAUCUAACCCGCCUCAACAUGUCCUACAACAGUCUACGCUCGAUGGGCCACGUCACUAGCUAUCCUGCGUCGCUAAAACAGCUCGAUUUGGGGCACAACGAGAUCAGCUGCUGGCCAAGCUUGCCCCGAAUAGCGGCCUCCGAUCCGCAUCUGAUGUGUUACAACCCGCAGGAGAGCAAACGACACGCCGGUGAGCCUACGAUGGCCACCGGUUCGUCAGCCGGACCACCGGGUGGUUCCGGGAGUGGAUGUAAACCCGCCGGUGGCAGUCGAGGUGGUGGUGCUGGAUCGGGAAGUAGCUGCGAUGGUGCUCCACCCUCGUACGGUGGCACGGAAAUGACGACGGUCGUGAAGUCAUCCACCAGCUCGAACAGCAUAACCUCACUUCGGACGGCGGUGUUGAAGAGUGUGUGCUGUCAUCGGCGCCAUCUACGUCUCGAGUCGUUGCGUACGCUUGUCCUGGCGGACAAUUCGCUCACCCGCAUCCAGCUGUCGACGGAUGAUGUGGCCACACUCGGUGAGUCGGACGACGCCGAGUGGAGCCUAAUUGGGAUGGCCAAAUCGCGGCUCAUCUUUCCGAACCUUUCGAUGCUGGACAUCAGCAACAACUGUCUGAAGGAGAUCCCACCGUCCAUACACGAGCUGACGAACCUGAGCGUGCUUAACCUAAGCGGCAACAUGGACAUCACUGAGAUGCCACCCCACAUGGGGUUGCUGUCGCGGCUCUGGAACCUGAACACCCGCGGCUGUUCGUUGCAGGAUCCGCUCCGGUCGAUGAUCGAAAGCAAGAAGUACAAGACGAUGGACAUCGUGGGGUACCUGAAGUCGGUGUAUGAAGACGCACGGCCGUACGCACGCAUGAAGCUGAUGGUUGUCGGUGUGCAGGGCAUCGGCAAGACGAGCCUGCUCGAGCAGCUCCGUAGCGAGGGUUCCUCCCGGGGCAAGAAACCCGUCGAUCACUGGGCGAAACGGAUGGGGCACCGAAACAUCAACCAGAAGACGUCCCGCGGCAUCAACAUGUCGACCGUCGGUGUCGACAUCGGGGAUUGGGUGUGCGAGAAAAAGAUCCGCGGCCAAUCCCACCACGGUCCGGUGGUCUUCCGGACGUGGGAUUUCGGUGGCCAGCGGGAGUACUACGCGACGCAUCAGUACUUUCUCUCCAAGCGCAGUCUCUACCUCGUCCUGUGGCGCAUAAUCGACGGCCGGCGGGGUCUUGCCGAGGUUCUCCAGUGGCUUGGCAACAUCCAAGCCCGUGCACCCAACUCGCCCGUCAUCAUUGUCGGGACGCAUUACGACGCUGUUGGGGAAACGCUACCGGCUCGGAAGGCGGAAGAGCUACAGCAGAUCAUCCGCGAUCGGUUUAUCGCGGUUUCGGACGCGGAGAAGAUCGGUUUACCGCGGGUACUCGACUCGAUCGAGGUGAGCUGCCGUACCGGUCACAAUAUCAAGCUGCUCGCUGGGUUGAUUUACGAUACGGCGUUUUCCUUACGACCCCCGGGUUGUAAGGAACCGCUGCUCUACCAGCGUGUCCCAGCGAGCUACCUCGCGCUGGAGGAUGUGAUCGCGAACAUUGCGGCUGGGUUACGCCAACGGAACGCCGACCCUGUGCUGGAUGCGGACCGGUACCGGCAAACGGUGACACACGAGAUGCAGCUGCGCGGGCUAAAAGGUUUCCGGGAUUGGUCGGAACUGAACCAAGCCACCAUGUUCCUGCACGAUAAUGGUGUGCUGCUGCACUACGAUGACGCGACGUUGCGGGAUUUGUACUUUCUCGAUCCACAAUGGCUCUGUGAUAUGCUGGCGCACGUUGUGACGGUGCGGGAAAUCAAUCCGUUCGCCCGUACCGGUGUCAUGAAGAUGGACGACCUCCAGCACGUGUUCAAGAGCUCGUGUCUGGGCGCUAACAAUAACCGAGGCUACAUCGUGAGUCUGUUGAACAAAUUUGAAGUGGCCCUCUCUUGGGACGCCCGGACGUUGCUAAUUCCCUCGCUAUUACCAACGGAAGAGGACAGCAACGCCGAUCGCAUGGUGACGGUGAAGAUCGCAACACGCUCCAAGGGUUGGGUAAACCGGGCACGUCGGAAUCCACUCCCUAGCAGUGGCCAUUCACUUCCAUCGUACGAUCACGUGCCAGCAGGUUCGGGAAGUCUUGAUCACUCGCCAGUACCAACACCAACCCCGGUUGAUGCCAGCACGAGCAGUACCUGCGAAAUUCAAACCAUACCCCACCCGGAUCGGUCCAUCUCCCGGUUGUUGCUGAUGUCGUACUUCCCGUCUGGGUUUUGGUCGCGGCUAAUAACGCGCGUGCUCGCUGAUGAUCAGGUUGUGGAGGCCGUACGUGGUCUUUACCCGCUACCGAAGGAGUUGCCGCACGACCCGACAACUUCCGACAAUCACGAGAGCUUAUCCGCACACUGGGCCGUCUGGCAGACGGGGCUGGCGCUUCAUUUCGGUCCGAGUACGGUCGUUUUCAAAAUGCGCGAGGUGUCCAUCACCUGCCCAAGCUCACCGUACCGCAAUCCGAUGAACCGGUUCAAGCUAAAGCAGGACGGUAUCUGGUGCGACAUCGACCUAACGACGAGCUCGAUCCUGGAGAUCCAUUUCCCGUGCAGCGGGCUCCGCCAGCAGUCGGGUGAAAUCGAACCGAACCUGCAGUGUCUCACGCAGCUGUUGGCGCUCACCGUCGAUCACAUCGAUUUGCUGCUGGAAGAUUGGUACCCAACACUCGGGACACGGUUCGUCCACACAUCCGAGGGUCGGUUUCUCGUGACCCGGCUCGUCCCGUGUCCACGCUGUUUGCGCGAAUGCGAGGACCGACACGCACCCAACCUUCCGUCGCAGGUGAAACCCUGCUCGGUGAACCAACGAUCCCCGUACGUGGCCAAUCCGAACGGUGUCCACCGGCACCGGUUGAGCAUUGGCGAACGGCGCACGGACGGUGGUGCCGGUGAAGGACCGAGCGGUGGUGGGUUAAACGAGCUGCCGGGGAUCCUGUACGAUACGUGCGGCCGUAAGUCGCAGGAUUCGCUCGGUUGGUCCGAUUGUGAUUCGGGUGUUGGGCAGGAAACGGCCGACAGCUCGAGCGAAACGUCCAUCGAGGGUUACACGCUUGCGGUGGUGACCGAUGGUGGGUCGCCUAGCUACUCCUGGAUGGUGGAGGAGUGCAUACUGGCCGCUUAUGAUCGCAAACUCGUUGCUUGCCCCAUUCACGGUGAGAUCGAGCUGAGUCGCAUCACACCGGAUGUGAACUUCCUGGACCUUCCCGAACACUAUCUUAUCCGCUCGAGUGACAUCACCCGUGGGCCACUGCUCGGUCGUGGUGCGUUUGGUUUCGUCUUUAAAGCCACCUGCAGCAAAACGUCACGCCAAAAAGGACCUCUUGCAGGGCGCCUCUCAUCGCUGCUAACCGGAAACGCUUGCGGCACCGGCACAGGCACCAUAAACGUGGCCAUGAAAAUGUUGCAACCCGUCGCGCCAGGACCUCGGGCACGCCAAAGCGCCAUCAUCGCGUACAAAGCCGCCCUCGGGAAAUGGGAACGCGAUCCGCUGCAGCACGCCUGCAAAGCUUACUGCACCGCCCGGCAGGAGCUGGCCGUUUUGCUUACCCUUCGCCAUCCCCACAUCGUACCGCUGGUGGGGGUGUGCACGCAACCGCUCGCCCUCGUGCUGGAUCUCGCGCCAAAAGGUGCGCUCGAUGCGGUUUUACGCCACUUCCGGCGCAGUGGUGCCCGCAUCGGACCGUACUGCUUCCAGGCGCUCGUCCUGCAGGCGGCCAAAGCGAUGGAGUACCUGCACCGGCGGCGCGUGAUCUAUCGCGAUCUUAAGGCGGAAAACAUUCUCGUGUGGGAGUUUCCGGAACCGCACGCGGAGGAUCACCCGGCAAGCAGCGUCCACAUAAAGGUGGCCGAUUACGGUAUCAGCCGCAUCACGCUACCAUCCGGCUCGAAAGGUUUCGGUGGCACGGAAGGCUUCAUGGCGCCGGAAAUCAUGCGCCACAACGGUGAGGAGGAGUACACGGAAAAAGUCGACUGCUUCUCGUUCGGGAUGUUCCUCUACGAGCUGAUCUCGCUCCGGCAACCGUUCGAAGGUCACGAAGCGGUCAAAGAGUGCAUCCUCGAGGGUGGCCGGCCGGUGCUAACCCACCGCGAAACACACUUUCCCUCGUACUGUCUCGAUCUGAUGGUGCUGUGCUGGGAUCAGCAACCCAAAAUGCGCCCCUCCGCCAGCCAGAUUGUGUCGAUCGCAACGGCACCGGAGUUUACGCACCUGCUCGACGUGAUUUCGCUUGCCCACGCGGGCAGCGUCAUGGACGGGGUGGCGUGUUUAAUCGCCACACCCUCCACCGACGGGGAAGACACCGGUGUCGCGUCCGGUUACGAGCUGUGGCUGCCGUGCUCGAACUCACGCAUCGAUAUUAUCGGUGGUUCGGCGAAGGGCUGGCAGCAGUACCACCGGAUCUUGUGCCCGCAGGUUAAGGGUCCCCCCGCUGGGACCGUGUCCACCCCGGCGGACACAGCUUCCGCCGGCUCGGGAACCUCCACAACGGCAGUCACGUCAGUUACGUCGUCGCAACCGACCACACCACACCUGCUGAAACCGAUCAAGCUCACAACCGCGUGUGCCGUCGAAGCGGCCGUUUGGGUCGGUGACGCUGAGGGAAACAUCUACGCCUUCAACGCCGCGGAUUGUGCGCACCUCUUCUCGUACGCCCUCGAACCGUCCGCACCGUCACCGGUCGUUGCGUUGGUUUAUCUCAAAAAGUUCCACCGCGUUGCGGCCGGGCUCGAGAAUGGGCGGCUCUUUCUGCUCGACUCGACCCUCAUCCCGACCACGUGCGUGUCCGCCGAGGGUAGCUUCGUCCUUUCCGAGCUCGGUUCCGGCGAACGGUUGUGCUCCGUGACCGCUCUCUGGCGCUCCGAGGAGGAGUGUGAGCUUUGGUGCGGCGAACGGGACGAUGCGAUUAGCGUGUUCUCGUUACGCCACUCGCACGUCGCCGGCCAGCAUCAGCUGGCACACUUUCCGGCACCGCUGCCGGUGCGCGGGCUAUCCGUCGCGUUGCUUUACGCGUCCGCGGACGAUUACGUGUUCUCGUAUCUCGCGCCCAGCUACGUCCUGUACCAGUGGCGUUCGUCCACGAAAGCGAUCGAGCACCGGCUCGACUGCUCCAAGCUCGUCCCGUGCUCGGAAAGCCUCAAAAGCAUCGCCAUCGACGAGCGGCUCAGCCCGGGAAAGUGCCAAAUCAGCGCACUGGCCGCACUCGGGAACGAACUGUACGUCGGCACGACCUGGGGCUGCAUCAUUGUCGUCGAGCGGAGCAGCCUCCGGCCGACCACCGUCUUCCGGCCGUUCGAGGAGGACGUCCGGUGUAUCGUACCGGUGGUGCCAGCCGUUCCACCCGGGGAUGAUGUACCGUCGGCUGGUGGUGGUGCCGGUUGUACCGCACCGCUUAUCGUUACGAUUGGGCGCGGGUAUCGAUCGCUGAUCGAUCGGUACACGGAUCAUGCGGCUGGUUCGUUGGCUGGGGCUACCCGCCAACUUGCCACAACACCGACCACGCAGGAUAAGCGGCUUAAGGAGGCGUUGUUGCGCGAUCGCUCGAACCACAUGCACGCGCUUGUUUGGUCCGCCGAACAUUGGGCUCCUAUCUGAGGGGGGCAGCUGGUUUUGAGAUCUGUGAUUUGAUUUGACGGCGUAACGCGUAUCCUUCUUUUUUUUUGUGCGUGUCAGCCACGUUCCUCGGGUGUGUGUGUGUGUGUGUUUAGGGGACCGAUUUGGGAUGCUUUCGGUACGCUGCGACACCACGAGGAAGUAAUUUAUGACCGCAAGUAAGCACUACAUUGUAAGAAACUGUGAGCGAAGGCGGUGUGUGGAGUGUUUAGAUAAAAUAAAAUAUAUUUAACACGUU